AUGGUCAAAAGGCUAUACCUCACCCGCCACGGCCAGGCAGAGCACAAUGCGGCGUCCGACUGGUCCAUCCCAGAUGCUAAGCUCACUACUCUCGGUCAACAACAAGCCCAGGAACUUAACGAGCUAACCAAAAACACCUUCCAACGCACCGCCCAACUCCUCGUUUGCUCCCUUCACCUCCGAACACUAGAAACGAUGCUACUCGCCUAUCCUUCACUCAGGGCACGGCUCGAAUCAGAAGGCAAAUCAGUUAUCAUCUCGGAUCUUCUCCAAGAGGUCAAUGCCACGCCGUGCGAUGUGCCCACGCACCCUCCAUCGGCGAUCCAGGAGGCGUUAGGGGGUAUGUUCAAGGAUCUGGAUCUUUCGGGGUUGGGUGAAGGGUAUGCGAGCAAGAAGGGGAUUUGGGAUCCGGUGAAUGUUGUGGAGAGGGCGAAGAGGAUCGUCGUCAUUGCGCAUCGGGGGAUAUUGAGGUACCUGGUAGAUGGGUGUCUAUCGCAAAGGCCGUGGAGGAACGGAGAAGUCAAGGUCUUCACGUUCGAGGAGGGAUCGCACGAGCUCGUCGAGGGCGGCCUGGUCUCCACGCCGGCCAACGACGACCUCAUGCACGAGCAGAUGCCCGAGUUCCAGCAACUCUGGAACCCUUUCGCAUAUUUCGAUCGUCAAUUCCAGAAGACAUUCUCCUCUCUCUCGGCACCUCAAACCAAGCGCAAGCGCUCCGUGGUGGAUUGUGGGACCCCUCCAAACCCUCUCCCGGCGGAGCUGUGGGCUGAAGUAGCGUGUCAUCUCCGCAGACCGCUACCGAGGCCGACAGGGAGGAAUGAGCAGGCGUCCAUCAGGCAAGGGGAUCUAGCGUCUCUGAUGCAGGUGUCAAAAUCCUUCAACAACCUCGUCGCUCCCCUCCUCUCCACUGUCGUCAUCGCCGACGACCUCCCCUUCUCCGCGUCCAAGCGGCAGCUCCUCAGCCGGACGGAACGGCUCUUUCUGGAGUACAAGGACAAGGGAGAGCCAGCUUACUCUUCCUUGAUGGUGAAUGGGGACUUUAGGCUGUUCAGCCCGGGCAAGCUCGAGCUGGCAGACCACCCACGCUCGACGUCUAACCCCGGAUGGCCGAAGCCAUUACCGCGGGCAUCAACCUCUUCAUGUUUCCCUACCUUCCUAUGUGCUGCUCUCGCGCGCGAUGCGGCCGCCUCACCUACGUCUCAACCCUCUGGUCCAAUCUAUCCUCGAGGAACUGCUCAAGGGUCAUACGGGGCCUCGGUGUACGUCCACCGCGCGCACAUUGAGGGGAACGGAUCGGUCGGCUCGGUCCCGCUCGUUGCCGGCGGCGAUGCCAGGUGGUACUUCCAGUACGAUCUCAUUCCCCACAACCGCAACCUCAUCCAAGGCAUCGACAAGGUUGCAGAUCUUGUCGAGCGCAUGCUUUGGAUCAGGUAA